AUGACACCGUCGCCAGGUCCCCCGCACGCACCCGCCGAAGCCAGGCGACCGGCCUCCAGCCAGACCGUCUCCGUCACCUUUGACGAGGACAACAAGGCCGUCAUGGGCCCUGACACAUCCCACCUGCACUUUGAAGUCUCCGAAUGCAUUGAGACCAAGACUGUCACGACGACCACGACAACUAAGAGAACGUACCCGCCUGUCCAUGUCCGCGAUGCCCGACCCCUCGGUCAACUGGAUGGCAAGGAGUACCCACUUGCCAACAAGCCGCUACCGCCUGAGCUGGCCAGUUUCUCCUACAACAUCCCUCACACUACCCAGCAAGGUGUCGACCAGACCGUCUCCCGAAUGCUUCCCAAGAAGCGCACAGGUAAAUCCCUGCCAGUGAGACACUCGGCAGGCCUUCUCAAGGACGACGAGUCAACGCAAGAAUCCGCUCGCGCCAUUCCCAAAUCUCCCACAGAGGCCUAUUCCCGACGAUCACGACAGCUGAGCGCCCGACAAGAAUCCCCCGAUUUGAGUUCGACCCCUUCUCUUGGAAAACAAUCGAAGGAACUGAAAGAAGCUGGCCUGCCUCACCCCGACUCGGUGUCGAACAGGCUCCGCCGUCACCUCGCUCGCAACACCCAGCGUGAGAGGCCAGCCGGCUUCCUUGCCACUCCGGACACGUCUGAGAUCGCCGGCAGCAGCACCGAAAAUCUCACGCGUCCCAGGUCUCGACAUCUCACCCGGAGCAGCCGCACCCCCGAGGCUACCAGCGUACCGAGCGCCCACCAGAUGCAAGAGGCUCCGAGCCCUGCCGACAGCCCGGCCCACACCGUCUUCAGCAGCAAUGUGGCAACCCCACCCAUCACCGAUGCCGACGACGAGCCCUUUGGUGACGCCGACGAGUCGCUGCAGCAGUCCAUUCGAGCCCUGAGCGCUCGUCCCUCUUUCGACACGGUGGCUGCCCAGGAUGCGAGUCUGCCUAGUCCCAGGCUGUCCCCCACACUGGCUGCUGCCCAACUUCACACGGCGGACUCGGAAGAUGUCGAUGACGAAGGCCGACUUAUUACCACUGGUGAUCGGCCCUGGUAUCACGAGUCGCAGACGGCAGAUGAGCUCGAUGACUACUCUGUCGUAUCGACCGGUGAUGGGUCGCGAACACCAUCUGGCAUGGCCGAUCCUCAACAUACCAUGUUCGACGUGCGAUCCAUGAUGGAGACAUUCGACUCCAUGCCCAACGAGAUGAAGAGCUUCAUCAUGUACCAGUUUUUGCGUCGUUGUCCACGCAAGACCCUUCGACUGGUAGCUGACGCUGUUACCCCUGCUCUCAAAUGCGACUUCCUCAAACAACUUCCUCUCGAGCUCAGCUUCAACGUUCUGUCAUAUCUUGACCACCAGGAUCUCUGCCGAGCGGCCCAAGUUUCCAAGAACUGGCGCAACAUAAUUGAUACCAACGAAACUGGAUGGAAGGAGUUGUUUGAUCGCGACGGCUUUACCCUGCCGAAGGGCGAGCUCGACAAGGCCAUAGCACAGGGCUGGGGCUGGCAGGAUCCGGUCGGCGCCAUGGGCGCCGAGGUUGACCUCAGCAGAAUCAAUCUCAUGAGCUCACAGGAGACCGAGGUCGCGAAGACCCUUGCGAAGCCCGAUCCGACCGCAAAGCUCAGAAGCGCAAAGAGGAAGCGGGGUCUUAACAUUGGCGGCGCCGACCGGUCCAAGCGGAGGGCGAGCGCGCAAGAAACGGCCCGCGUUGAAGCUGCACAUGGUGUGGCCAGGCAGCACAAGUCGGCAGGUCCUCUUUCGGCUGCUAAUGCCGCUGCAGCGGCCGUGCCGAAUCCCAAGAUGGGGCUUCCCAGCCUCCAGAAGCUACAUCUCUACAAGUCCCUGUACCGCCGCCACCACAUGAUCCGUCAAAGCUGGACGAGCGGCAAAGUCAAGCCUGGCCAUGUCGCUUUCGCUGCUCAUCCACGUCAUGUCAUUACUUGUCUGCAGUUUGACGAAGACAAGAUUAUCACGGGCAGUGACGACACGCUUAUUCAUGUCUACGACACGAAGACGGGCAAACUGCGCAAGAAGCUUGAGGGCCACGAAGGCGGCGUUUGGGCGCUUCAGUACGAAGGCAACGUCCUCGUUUCCGGUUCAACGGAUCGAUCGGUUCGCGUUUGGGAUAUUGAGAAGGGGUUCUGCACUCAAGUGUUUUAUGGACACACGAGCACAGUCCGCUGUCUCCAGAUUCUGAUGCCCACCGAGAUUGGCAAAUCGCACGACGGAUCGCCCAUCAUGAUGCCACCGAAGCCGCUCAUAAUCACCGGAUCCCGUGACAGUCAGCUCCGCGUCUGGCGGUUGCCCGAGCCAGGCUCUCGUCGUUAUAUUCAGACGGGCCCCCCUGCCAACGACGCAGACUGUCCGUACUUUAUCCGCACACUUACCGGCCACACGCACUCGGUUCGCGCCAUCUCAGCACAAGGUGACACACUCGUCAGCGGUAGCUACGACAGCACAGUCCGUGUCUGGCGAAUCAGCACGGGCGAGUCACUUCACGUACUCCACGGUCACUCGCAGAAAGUGUACAGUGUUGUGCUGGACCACGAGCGCAACCGAUGCAUCUCGGGAUCAAUGGACUCGCUGGUCAAGAUCUGGGACCUCAACACGGGCGCUUGCCUGUACACACUCGAAGGACACAGCUUGCUUGUCGGUCUGCUGGAUCUCCGUGACCAGAGGCUCGUAUCAGCUGCAGCCGACAGCACGUUGCGCAUUUGGGACCCGGAGAAUGGCAAAUGUCGGAACGUCUUGACGGCUCACACUGGCGCCAUUACCUGCUUCCAACAUGACGGCCGAAAGGUCAUUUCAGGCAGCGAGAAAACCGUCAAGAUGUGGGAUAUCCGAACAGGCGAGCAUGUCCAGAACCUCCUGACGGACCUCAGUGGUGUUUGGCAGGUCAAGUUCGAUGAGCGACGCUGCGUGGCAGCUGUUCAGAGGGGCAACUUGACGUAUAUUGAGAUUCUUGACUUUGGAGCUGUUCGAGACGGCCAGCCGCCCGAGGAGCUGGGCGAGCGCAAAUUGCUCAACGAGGCUGAGCACAGCACACUGAUGGCCGCUGAAGACUUGUAG